AAUCUCCUUGUCCAUCAGCUCCACAUCAUAGAACCCUGGUUUUUCCCUUUAAUUUUAGUAAGUAUAAGAAGAAAAAAGAGGUCAGAGGAGUGUCGAAAUUUAGUCGAUCAUGCGUCGGAAGAAGAGCAGAGCUAAACGGCGAGUUGUCCCAUCGAGAGAGGGAGACGAUAGGGACUUGGUUCCCGCGGUGGAGAUGGCAUUGAUUGAUUCAGGACCUUCGAACAAUGUUCUGAAAGUUGCUGAGGCUGGUAACGAGAGAGAGAAGGACACUGAUCGGGAGAUUGAUUGCUUUAAAGAGGAGUUUGAAGAAGUCGAGAAUGUGGUAAGUGCUGUCAUGGGAAUGGACGCAAUAGUUCAACAUAAUCAAAUAAAGAACGGCGGUCACCUUGUAGAAAAUAAAUCGAAUUUUAGUGAAAAUAUAUGCAAUUUUGAAACGAAUGCUGGAAAUGUUUUGGAAGAUAGUGAGAAAUCGGAUAAUUUUGAUGUUAGUUUGAAGUGUAGUAAAAUUGAGGAGGCAAUGGAGGAAGGGAAGGUUAGGGGAAAAAAUUUGAAUCCGAACAUCGACGUUUAUGCUGUGGAUUCAGAGAAUGAAAUCGAGAACGGUGAAGAAGCCAAAGUUCAUGCAAACGCAGAACAGGAAUCAGUUGAAGGGGAGCCUUCUGCUGCUAGAAUUAAAGUCAUGAAAUUGGAUGGGCAUAUUGAUGACAGGUACAGCAACAAGGAGGAUGAUUGUGGGGAGAAACAGCAGGAGAGCAGAGAUGACCAGGAACAAAAUAAAGACAUUGAAGUUAGUGAAGUCAAUGGAGUGCCUCCGGUAUUUAACCAAGAUUUACGAACUGAGUGGAAGAAAGAAAAGCAACUGGAACUACAUGUUGGAGGUGUGCAUAAAGAUGCAGUUGAACAAGACCUGUUUGAUAUAUUUGGAAAGUUUGGGGAAGUCCAAAAUGCAAGGAUAGUGAGGCACCCAAUCAUAAAUAAAAGCCAAGGGUUUGCUUUUAUUCAAUAUGCUACUGUUGAGCAAGCCAAGAAAGUUCUCUUUGACUUGAAGGACGGGAUUAAGGUGAGAGGCAAGCGUGCUAAGAUAUCACCUAGCCGUGACCGUGAUACACUUUAUCUGGGAAAUAUUUGCAAAACAUGGACCAAAGAGGAUGUGCUUGAGAAAUUGAAAUGUUACGGAAUUGAAGAUGUUGAUGAGAUACAAGUACCCAAUGAUCCUAAGAAUAAAAGGAAGAUUCAAGGUUUUGCUUUCUUGCGAUUUAACACCUGCUGUGUUGCAAAGGCUGCAUUCCACCGUCUAAGGAAGCCAGAUGCACUUUUUGGCGAUGCAAGAGGUGCUAAAGUUGCCUUUUCUCACACCCCAGUGCAUCCAAGAGAGGAAGCUCGAUUACAGGUGAAAACUAUUUAUAUUGAGAGGAUACCAAAGUCUUGGGAUGUACAGAAACUUAAAACAAUCUGUGAACAAUAUGGUCAGACUAAAAAGGUUAAGAUAUCUCGGAAUUUUGGCAAUAAAGGCAAGGAUUUUGGAUUCAUUUCUUUCACCACUCGUGAGAGUGCAGUAGCUUGUCUAAAAGGCAUGAACAAUGUGCAGUUUGGAGGGGGAAUCAAGGUUAAAGCUUAUAUUGCAAGGCCUCUUGUUGGAUGGCACCUGCAAAAGAGUACUUGUGGACGAAUGAAACCUUAUAAAAGGUGUAGAAGUACCGGUGGAUGGAAGACAAAAGGUCAUGCCAAGUCUGAAGGUGCUGAAAAAAAGAGUGAUAUGAAUGCACAAACUGUUAUAUACAAUUCUAAGACUAAGGGGACUGAAGAGAAGGCAGCAGCAGUGGUACAUAAAAAUAAUCAGGAUCCUUCAAAUUCAAACCAUACCAUAGAAGGUGAAAUAAAUGAACAAGAAAGCAUUCCUCCUCAAGCUUAUGGUGCUGGUCUGUAUGCCAAGCCAAAGAAAACUGAUGACAAGAGAAAGAAUAGAAAGAGACAAAGGGACCCAAUGUAUAGUAAGAGGCUGUCAAAGAAACUAAAAGGUAGUUCACAUGGUCGACCUAGUCAUUCAUCUAGAAGUUCAAAGAGCAGAUCUUACUUGAGGAAGGGACCUAACAGGAGUGGAAAUUCUGUUGCAUAUGGCAUACCAUAUAAAGAGGCAUAUGUUGCACCCAGAAGUGGGUAUCCGAGCUAUGCUUAUGGUGCUAUUUCUGAAUCCAAGAGGGUGUCUUCAGAUUUGGAACCCCAUGCUGGAUUUGUGCAAUCUUUCAGGCAUGAUGACCAGUAUUAUGCAGGAUGUAUCACACCUGCUUUUCAACAUCAAAGGCAAACUCAUGCAAGUAAUCUUAAAGUAGAUACUCAAUAUGAAACACAACCUCCUGUUAAGUACUUCAAACAUGCACUUGGGAAAGAUGCCCUACCUCACGCAGGAUUUCUUGAGCCUGCUUUUGGAAAGCAAAGCUUUGAUAUAGAUGAUUAUCCAGCGAUAAGAACUGGCGAGUAUAACGGUCCAGGCAAUCAAGGGCCUGCUUACAGGGCAGGAUUGGCUAUUUCACGCUCUUAUGUUCCAAACAGCAUCGGCUAUGCCAGAGAUGAGGCCAGUGGUAGUGCUGGUGGCUAUCAUAGGGUUAGUGGAGCAUACCCACCAACGCAAACACACUAUUGAAAAUUAACUUGAAAAGGAGCGAAUUUCAUUCUCUCUUCUUUAGUCAUCCACUUUGUUCUUGGAAAAUAAUUUUCUAUCUUGUGAAGUUUGAACUUGGUUUGUACUCGUAAACUCUGGAUAGUUCCAUAGGGAUUAAUGUCAAGCCAAUGGUGAUUUAGUCACUUCAUCCUACCUCCUUGAACCCCAAAUCAUAUAAAGGACGAUGUUAUGUUUGUAGAAGUACAAGGAGAAAUAAGUUUGAUCAUCUUCAAUAAUCUAAAUCUUUGAUAUGUUCA